AUGGCUACCCAGAAACAAGCCAUCAAAAUCCUCAUGCUCCCGUGGCUAGCCCACGGUCACAUAACCCCAUUCUUCGAGCUAGCCAAAAGGCUCGCAAAACACCGAACCAUCUUCCAAAUUUACGUAUGUUCCUCCCUCGUAAACCUCCAAGCCAUAGACCCAAACCUCGCCCGAACCCACUCCAUUGAACUCGUCGAACUCCACCUCCCAUCCCUCCCCGACCUACCCCCUCACAUGCACACCACCAAAGGCAUCCCCUUGCACCUCGAGCCCACUUUAAUGAAGGCCUUCGACAUGGCGGCCAAAGAUUUCGAGCUACUCUUGGACCGGCUCGAGCCAGACCUUCUCGUUUCCGACUUGUUCCAGCCCUGGGCGGUUCAGGCGGCGGCGGCGAGGAAUAUUCCCGUGGUUAACUUUGUAGUCACUGGCGUGGCGAUUCUCACGCGUUUGGUGCACGCGUUUUGUAACUCCGGUCGGGAAUUUCCAUUUCCGGAGAUCGAUUUUAGUGGGCAUUGGAGCUCGAAGAGGGGACGGAAGGUUUCUGAUGAAGUGGGCCGCGAUUGGGCCUUGCGGGUUUUGAAGUGUUUGAGAAUGUCUUCCGAUGUGGUUUUAGUUAAUACUUCCCCCGAAUUUGAAGGGAAAUAUAUCGACUUUCUUGCUUCCUCCUUGAACAAAAAGAUUCUUCCAAUUGCUCCCGUGGUUCCACAAAUCAAGCCGAACGGCAAGAAACCCGAAAUUCUCAAAUGGCUCGACAAGAAGAGCCCAAAAUCGACGGUCUACGUUUCGUUUGGAAGUGAGUACUACCUGAUGAACCAAGAUAGGGAAGAGCUAGCCCACGGUCUAGAGCAAAGCCACGUGAAUUUCAUAUGGGUCAUAAGGUUUCCAAAGGGUGAGCGCCUCACAAUCGAAGAGGCGUUACCGGAAGGCUUUAUGAAGCGAGUAGGAGACAAAGGGCUGAUCAUGGAGGGAUGGGCGCCGCAAUUGGAAAUAUUGAACCAUUCGAGCAUUGGUGCGUUCGUGUGCCAUUGCGGGUGGAACUCCGUGGUCGAGAGCAUGGUGUUCGGGGUGCCCAUCGUGGCACUACCGAUGCAACUCGACCAGCCUUGCCACGCCAAGGUGGCUAACUUGGCUGGCGUGUGCGUGGAGGCCGAAAGGGACGAUGAAGGGAAUGUUAAGAGAGAAGGAGUGGCGAAGGCUAUUAAAGAAGUGGUGUCUGAGGAGAGUGGUGAGGCUUUGAGAGGGAAAGCGAGGGAGAUUGGUGAGGCUUUGAGGAAGAGGGAAGAAGGGAUUGUUGAUGAAGUGGUUCGUGAAUUUUGUAGCCUCUCACAACCCAAGAAUGAUGACUAA